AUGCCCCCAUCAAUCGAAGAGGAAAUUGGCUUCAAUUGGUUCCUCCUCUCCGGAUUUCUCUUUGCCCCGACGACGGCCACUCCGCUCCUCAGGUAUCCGCUCGCGGCCUGCAGCUUUCGGAUAGGCGCUCCGGCUGGGUUUCUCGCCGAGGUGAGACCGCGCCUCUGCCGCCGCCAACUGCCGAUGCCUCUGCCGCGCCUCUGCCGUCACUAUCCGUCUCUCCAGGGUGAUACAUCUCAGCCAGCGACGCUAGCUCCGCUUCUGCUCCCGCUUCUCCAGUUUCCGGCGGCCCCCACCAUUCGGUUAUGCACUACAGAAGUGAGAGCGUGUCUCUGCCGGCACCGACCACGACUCCUCGAUUGUUCUUUCGUUGAUAUGUACAGCGACCACGUCUUUUGCUUGCUAUAUCACGAGAUGUGUUUCCGCCACUGUUGCGGGAAAAUUAUUGUAAUCUAUUCCAGGAGAAGGAAGGCCUUGACCAGUUCUCAACGGGGACUGGUGGAUAUGUAUGUUUGGGCAGUCAAUGGGAGUAGCCUGUUCAGGAUCUAUCUAGAUGAGAGUACUGGAGACUCUUCAAGAUUGCAUCGUGCGAUUUAUAGCCAAAGCACAUAUUCGCUCAUGGAGUUGAAGCAACUCAGGCCUGCCUCGAAGCACGAGUUGUUUAGGGAGAUUGUGUAUGGGAGCAAACUGGUGGUCGACAACUCGAAGUUGUUGAUUUGUGAGAUUCGUGGCCAGCUGCAAAACAGACCCGACAAAGAUAUAAUUGGAUUAUGA